GUCCAACAGCUUAACCCACUGUCAUCGGGGUACUACAAACCAAACCAAGCGGCAGGACGCAGGCAAGGCAACCACCACACCCCUUCCCCAGUUGUUCCAAAGCACGCCGAGAUCUGCGAUUCCGUUGCAAAACAUCGCUAUGGCUUCCGCACCGACGCCGCCGCCCCUCCUCCCUGUGACUAAUCCCACGGCCGCGGGGUCGGCAGCCGCCAGCGGCGGCGGGGGCGGGGGCGGCUCUGACGCGCCGAUCGCCACGCCGGCGUUCCGGCUCUUCCUGGGCCGGAUCUCCGACACGGCGCGGCGCUCGCUGUCCGACCGGCGCCCGUGGGGCGAGAUGGUCGACCGCUCGGCGUUCUCGCGCCCCGACUCAGUCUCCGACGCCACCUCCCGCCUGCGCCGCAACCUCACCUACUUCCGCGUCAACUACACCGCCAUCGUGGCCUUCGCGCUCGCGGCGUCGCUCCUGGCGCACCCCUUCUCGCUCAUCAUCCUCCUCGGCGUCCUCUCCGCGUGGUGCUUCCUCUACCUCUUCCGCGCCUCCGACCAGCCCGUGACGCUCUUCGGCCGCACCUUCUCCGACCGCGAGACGCUGCUGGGGCUCGUCGGCGCGUCCUUCGUGGCCUUCUUCUUCACGUCCGUCGCGUCGCUCAUCAUCUCCGGGAUGCUCGUCGGCGCCGGCAUCGUGGCCGCGCACGGCGCGUUCCGCAUGCCCGAGGACCUCUUCCUCGACGACACCGACGCGGCCAGCGGCAACAGCGCCGCCCAGGGUCUGCUAUCCUUCCUCGGGGCACCCGGAUCUAGGGUUUGAAGCGGCGGGCGACAAGAUCUGGUAGGCUUCUUGGGCUCUGAGAAGUUGUCUUAAACUGGAGUUACUCUGGAUCUGAUCUUGUUGUACCUGUCGCCUAUUUCUACUCCAGUUCAUCGUUCUGUAGUUACAGAUCUAUUGGUUUAUUGUUGAUCAUGAGUGAUGCGUCGACUUUUGCUAAGAUCUGCGCAAUUAUCUCCUGUAAGUUUCACGAUGUGAUGAGGUUUAGUGUUCGAGGCUUACUUUUUAUAAACGUAUAUGAUGUGGAACUAUCGGAUAUACAGUUGGUAUGUUGUCGAGGAUAAUCAAACAAAGUACUGCAAUUCUCCCGUUGUAUCUUUUGUUUUCUUAAUUUGCUUUCAUUUGUGAUGAUCUAUACGUGAAUGCUUUGAGUAAUUUUUGUGGAGAUCAGUGGGUACUGGCAGUUUCGUGUAAA